AUGGCAUUCAAGUACAUCAUCCCGGCCGUGGCAUUGCUGGUCAGUUGCGUGAGCGCCGGAGGCCCGGCUGCCUACUCGAUUGCGGCGCCCAGUCUGGAUUACCAUUCGGUCGGUUCCAGCCAUGAGCACACCGUCAAGGGACUGUACGGACAGAAUGUCCUGUCGCAGUAUGCUAAAGCCGUCGAUUCGGCACACUCGUCGGUUCGCGUGCAAAGCUCUCGGCUUAGCAAUGACGGAAUUGCCUAUGCACCGCAUUAUGCUGCUGCCGCUUAUCCAGCCGCCGCCGCUGCUUAUCCUGCCUACGGACACGCGCUGGCCGCACCGGUCGUUAAAGCUGCCUACCCGGCCUAUGGCCACGCUUUGGCCCCAGCUUAUGGACACGGUUUGGCUCCAGCUUAUGGACACGCUUUGGCUCCCGCCUAUGGACACGCUCUGGCCGCUCCGCUAGCGUACAAGUAUGAAAUCGACCGUCACCGGCUGGAGGCGGUGGCACCAACAGACAAUGUAUAA